AUGAAAGGAUUAUACAAAAUUCUAGCUUUAACUGGUUCCUUAUUUGUUUUAUCUAGCUGCUUUCUCUCUAAUGGUGUCUCGACUUCUGAAACUAAGAAGAGGAGAACUGGACGUAUCCCAUGUACUAUAGCUGACCUGGAUGCAGAAGGAGUAUAUUCUGUGUCCGAAUGGAAAAAGAAAAAAUGGACUGAAUUUAUGGCAUUAUUAGAGAAUGAUUUUAAAGAAUUUAAUGAUUAUUUGGAAAAAGAAAAAAAUAAAUGGAUAAAAGAAAUAGAUAAUGCCUUGGAACAAUGGAAAAAAGAUACAGAAAAAAAAUGGGAUGAAUAUGAUGAAGCCACUUUUAACGAAUUAUUAGGUCAUAAAGCACAAGAUGCAUUAAAUUGGAGUGACAAAGAAUGGACAAAUUGGAUAAGUAAAAAUGGAAGAUUAGCAAUAAAAGCAGAUUGGAAUAAGUGGAUUGAAGAGUGUGAAAACUCCUUCAAAGUUGGAAUUUCUGAUGAUUGGGAAAAAUGGAGUUCUUUCAAAAAAAGAGAAUACGACAUCACUGAAUGGAAAUUUUUAGAAGAUAUAUUUUGGCCACACUGGAAAAGGCAUGUAAAACCUGAAGAACCCUUGUAUGAUAUAAAGAUAAAUAUGAUGGAAAAAUGGCAAGAUCGAAUUAAAGGGGAAGAAGAAGAAUGGUCAAAUUGGAUAGAAGAUAAGAAACAAAAAUAUAUAGAUGUAGAAUGGGAUAAAUGGACACAAUGGAAAAAAGACAAUAACAUGAAGUUUAUUGAUGUGAUGGAAUCCAUCGUAAAAAAAUGGACGGAUAAUAAACACUGGAACGUAUGGCACGUGAAGAACAUACAUGUUGUUAAAUAUAUUUAUACAUUUCUCAUUAAUUAG